UCAAAUGAAGAAAACGCGUCGAUCAAAGAAAAAGUGUUAAAAGUGUUAUAAAUAGAAAAGAAAACUACAAUAAUAACGAAAAAUACAUAUUACUAAAGCACAAAAAAGUGUCUAAAAACAUAAAAUACACAUUUGAAAGAGAAGCACACACUUAUAGAAUUGGACACACAAUAAUUUGUUUAAGUGCUCUUGAAUGGCCGGAUCUAGACAAACAAAAUAGACAACGUCAUCUUUAUAGGCAGCAACAUUCGCAUUUACAUGAUAGCAUGCUAGAUGUCAAAUAAAACUGUGAUGACAAAUUGCCCUGGCAGUAUGCAAUGUAGCAGAGAUUGUGGCACAGCGCAACAAGAGGGAGCCUAAGAAAGAGUGAUCACAUAUGCGUACAACGUGUCCCAUGCAUCUUCUAUGACAGUCGGCUUGGCACGCAGACAGACAGACAGCACUAAUAGACAUCUUCCGCAGAAAGAUUGUAAUUUUUUAUGUGAGCGCGUAUUUAAACUUUCUUCGUGAUUGGAGGCAGUAAAACGAGCAGUAAAAUAUAAAAACCGCCACCAACACCACCGCCACCGCAAGCCAAAACAAAACAAAACAAAAAAAAAAAAAAAAGACCGACCAUCGUCGCCACAAUAAAAGCAACGCCAACGUUAACGGCUUAAACCUAUUGCGACAAAAGCACUCAGCAGCAACAACGCGAACUCAAUAACCACAUAAAACACCGGGAUUUGCCACCAUCACUACUAAACUUGUCCCAUUGGCAUUGGUACUAUACUAGAAACGAAAAGCCAAACAGAGGCAAGCUCUCACAGCUGCUUGCUGCUGUGGUCGGUGGCACUAAGUAAGUAGUUCACCGUGAGCCUCCCAGUGGUCUAGUGUGUGCUCUAGUGUGUUAUUGUUGUAUAGCUGGAGCCAUUGUUGUUAGUUUUAGCCUUUUUCGCGUUGUUCGUCUCCUCCUUGAGCAACAAUUGUUGUCAAGACAACAACUGAAGACGCAACAACAAACGACCAAGAAGCGGCUGUCAUUGUGAGUGGCGAAAGCGGCGUUACUUACAUUCAGCCAAAAGUGCAGUGAAAAUGGUACAACAAACAACAACAACGACAACAUCAUUCCCAACAAUGACGAUGAGGACGGCAACAGCGACAGCAGCAACAAUUAAUGAUAAUGGCAUUGGUCUGGUGCUACCACCACCACCACCGCCAUCAUCGUCAUCACCAUCAACGAAAAGAAGUGUUAACAUUACAACAGCCCAAACUCAACGAUUCUGGCAGUGGUACUGCCAGUGCCACCAACUUCAAAUUCAUUCUCUGGUGCUAUUGUAUCUUUGUGCAGUACUGGCACUUGGCCAAUAUACCGCUCAUGCGGCUGCAGUAACCGAUUCUCCAAUAAAGUUUAUUAAAUUACCUGCUCAAGCUCCCAUCAUACGCUAUAGUCGCAUUGAGCUACAAUCGGAGCAGCAGCAACAAGAUAAGCUGACAACACCAACAACCGCUGCAGCAAAUGUGUCGCUUAUUGCUGCAGAAGCCUCAGUUGGCUCAAGCAUAACAGAUGGCCCCCUUCUGACGGAAAUUCAAAAUGAUGACUCAUCAUAUGGCGGGCUGUUGGAAUCGGCACUAAGCCCAUUGAUACCACGUCAAAAUCGGGCAAGUGUUAGCAGCUGCCCCAGAUCUUGUCCACCAAGUUUGACAGUGGGAGUUGAUGCUGUAUGUGGCUCGGAUGGUUUGAUUUAUGCCAAUCUAUGUGAUAUGAAAAAGAAGACAUGCUCCAGAAAUAGUGCCAUAAAGGAUGUAAGUGAUGGCUGUGAGAGGGCCCGUGGUUCAGAUUGCAAACAUCGUUGUCCCAGCGAAAAAGAUCCGGUAUGCGGCACUGAUGGCCGUACAUAUCUUAACAGAUGUAUGUUGCGUGUUCAAGCUUGUCGCGUCGGUAUGGCAGCUGUUAAAAUGGCCCAUGUGGGUCCAUGCAGCAAUACCAGUGCCAUACGUGAAUCUUGUCCCGUGGAUUGCAAUCAAUCACCCAAGGAUGGUCCAGUAUGCGCCUCAGAUGGCAAUGUCUAUAACUCGACCUGCGAAAUGAAGCUAUUGACUUGUGGUCAGGGUGUGGUCAAGACCAGCCGUAAACAUUGCCAAUCGACCCGAAUGUGCAGAGAAUCGUGUUGGCGGGUGGCCCGACCUACUUGCGGUUCGGAUGGCCGACUAUACGCCAGUCCUUGCAAAAUGCGUUCUUCGAAUUGUGGCAAACACAUCUUCGAAGUGCCGCUGUCAUUCUGUAUGCCUCAGGAGCGCCAUGGCAAUCAGGUGGAAAAUUGUCCCACGGAGUGUCCGAAAACCGAUAGCAAUGCCUAUGUGUGUGGCAGUGAUGGCAAUAUUUAUUCGUCUCUAUGUGAAUUGAAGAUGCUGAAUUGCGGGCCUCAGCGUAAAUCCAUUCAAAAGAUGAGCAUGGAUAAGUGCAAGAGUCGUUUAAGCCGGUGCAAGCAGUUGCCACCCUGCAAAGAUUUUAACAAUUUGUAUGGUUCCAUAUUCUCCUCGAAGAAAAGCGACAAACUAUGUGGCACAGAUGCAAAGACCUACAACAAUGAAUGCGAAUUGGCCCAUGCAACCUGUUUACGAGGCGUUAACUUAGCCCAUAUAGGACCUUGCACCGAUCUGAGAUCUCCCAUCAAGGAUUGUGGUGAACGCUGCACCAGACAGGACAUUGAAAGCGGUCCCAUUUGUGGUUCGGAUGGCAACACCUAUGCCUCAUUAUGUGAAUUUAAACGCAGAACUUGCCAUCUGCGUGUGGUGCAGGUCUCCCUGAAGAACUGUCUCUUGACCGCUGACUGCGACACCGAUUGUGAUGCCCAGCCACCAAAUUUUGUCUGCGGCUCGGAUAAUAAAUUCUACAAAUCUGAAUGCCAUAUGCGCAAGGAAAAUUGUGGCAAACAUGUUUUUGUGGUGCCCUUGAAGCGUUGCCUGAGCAAUGUGCAAUUCAAGGGAUGUGCCAAAAUAUGUCCUCCCGACUUCGAACCGAUUUGUGGCAGCGAUAAUAUGACAUAUUCCAAUGAAUGUUUCCUCGAUAUGGAGAAUUGUCGCAGUAAUAACACCAUCACGAUACAGCAUUAUGGCGCUUGUGGACGGCCGGAGGCGCCUUCAACAAAUUUCUUAUAUUAGAAUGCAACGAAUACAGGAUUAGUUCACACAAACACGCACACAGCCACGAACAACACACACUUAAGACAGUAAGCAAGAAGGAUUUGCUUAUUAUAUGAAUAUAUUUUAAAUAUAUUUAUGGAAUUAUUUAUUUAUUUUUUUAGUUAAUAACUGUUAUACGAUAAGAAACACUUUUUUUAUA